AUGGUCGGCAACAACGGUACCAUGAUGGCGAUACGCAUCGUUCACAGCAAGCUGCGCAAGCGGGAGGAGCACUCCGCAUCGGUGCAUCCCGCUGAGGUGCUCCAAGCUGCCCCUGCUCAGCCAGAGCCCCUCGCCUUCCGCCAGCAACCGCUGUGGCAAUUCCCACCGCCGCUGCCACCGCCUUACGUCUAUCCGCACGAUCAGGACAACUUAAUGCAGCCCAUCGGUAACGAGAGAGCUAGUUUCCGCAGUCUGCGCAAGAACAUCGGCGGUCGCUGGAAGCGACUGGUGAAGAAGAAGCCCGAGCAGGAAGUGUACACGAUCCCUCCCGAGCUGAAGCCGCAGCUAAAGCAGAUCUACGUGUAC